CUGUCUCUGUUACUUCUCAGUUUGACCAGGAGUGGCGCUGUUGCCAUGAGCACUCAGCAUCUGUUCAACAACGCCGUCAUCCGCAUCCAAGUCCUGCACCAGCUGGCCGCACGAAUGAUCGGAGAAUUUGAGGACAGCCUGUUUGUGGAGGACCGCAGGGCCCUGAGUAAGAUCUUCCCCCUGUCCCACUGCAUCUCCGACUCCAUCGCUGCACCCAGCGACAAGGACGAGACCCAGAGGACCUCCGUGUUGCGUCUGCUGCAUACGUCUCUGCGCCUGAUCGAGACGUGGGAGUACCCCAGCCAGGCGUUCAGCGCCGCCUUCCUCAGCAGCCUGGGGCCCAGCAUCAUCACAGACAAACUCAUCGACCUGAAGAUGGGCAUCAGUAUACUCAUCGGGUCUUACCUGAACGGAGAGCCCGACGUGCUGGACAACGACUCUCUGCCCUUGCCCUUCGAGGACUUCUAUCUGGGCCUGGACGACAGCGACCUGAGCAGGACCUACCGUCUGAUGGCCUGCUUCCGCAAGGACAUGCACCGCGUGGAGACCUUCCUGCGCAUGGCCAGCUGCCGACGCUCCGCCGACUCCAACUGCACCCUGUGA